UACAAUAGUUUAUAUAUCCUCAAUAUAAAAGUAUUUGGACUUAUUUAAACUUUUUGAACAUAAAAUUAAAAUCUGUCGUGCUCAUGAUUUUAAUCAUGUUUGAAUGAAACCAAGUCUGGAUAUAGUUACAGCAUACGAACAAACAUGGCAACUUUAGACACACUUUUGAAAAAUAAACAGAGUAGGAAUUCUUUGUCGUGUCUUCUUGUAACUAAAAAUGUUGGUAAAUCAUUGGAACAAUUUACCAAGGACAAACUUCAACACAUUCAUGGACAAAUAGUGAUAAAAUUAGGCGCACAGAAUGCGUGCACUGAUCAGUGCAGUCAACAGUUCAAAAACAAUUUCAACAGGUGGUGUAUUACAUGCACAACAUGGAGGGCGGAGCUCCUUCGAUCUCAUGAGUUUCAUCGGAAGAUCACGUGGUCUGAACUUCACUCAUGGGAGUGGCCAAAAGAUCCGAAACACAUUGCCGAGGUUUUCAUGAUUCAAGGUUUCACCAAAACAAACCUGAAUUUAGGAGACGUGACUGUUUCAUUAAACAUUUGGAAACGAUGUUCCGAGUUUCCAAGAAGUCUUAUACCACUGGCGGACGCAGUAAGGAACUGUCGAAAUAAGUUAUGCCAUGAUUUAUUCGAAUGUGAUGAAAAUUUAAAGACUGAAGUGUUCACGAAUAUCAAAAACCUUAUUCAUCACAAUGAUGUAUCACCAUUUAUUCCUGAUAUCGGUGGCCUAAGUGGAUGCAUUCGAGACCUUGAAAAUGACCAACUGAAUGGUUAUAACCUUGAAUUAGAAUACAUUGUGAAUGAACAAAAUGAAGUGAAAGGUAGAUUAACUCAUGUCGAAUCACAAGUCAGAAUGCUGUCAAAACACUUCUAUUUGGUGGUGUCCGUCGUUUGCGUUUUCACCGUAUUGUAUUUCUGUUCGCAUAACACAUUACCGCCGAGGAUAUUGACAAUGCCCUGGUCGAGACCGUCUGAGAUUGGAGAGUGCUUAACAGAAGAAAUCUACGGAGACUUUCCAAAUCCCUUAAGGUUAGAACCUUAUUUAAAACGCCACAACAAGUUGGUAGGACGAGAAUGGCUCUUUAAUCUGACAGAAAAUAAAAUUGAAACUAUGAAUACUUCCAUGCGAGGCUUAGUCCUGGAAGCUGAUAUGGGUUACGGGAAAUCAGCUUUCGUCGCCCAUACCGUAUGCGCAGAUGAACAUAGCAAGGGUUUUCGUUUAAGAAAAAUGUUAAUAGCAUUUCAUGUUUGCAAAUUCGAUGUUUUAUUAACGCAGAAGCCCGGGCUCUUCAUUCGAAGACUUACAUCAAUGAUUUCGCAUUUUGUACCCGAAUUAAUGACUCAGCUAUUGACUGAAAGGCAAUGCUUUGAAUACUACAGUGGUGAAUUCUGCAAUGAAGAUUAUCUAGGAUGCAUCGACAUUUGCUUAAUUAAUCCGUUGCAAGCGUUAUCGAGAAAUGAUUUUACAACUUCUUCGAAACUGAUCAUUAUCGAUGCUAUAGAUGAAUGUGGGAACUCAAAGGACGCAAGCAACAACGCAAUCAUUGAAAUAAUUCGGAAACGUUUCCAUUUAUUUCCAACUUGGAUUAAACUGUUAAUGACAAGUCGUAAGCUGAAGCCACAUGCACAGCUUAUGUUGGAUUUUGAUGUGAUUUAUCUGCAUACUUUAGAGAAAAGAAACCUACAGGAUGUACACUCAUAUUUGAACAGUACAGAAAUGAAUAGGCUAGACAUGCCGUCGACUUUCCUUAUUGCACGGUACAUGUUUGAUUCAAGUAGGUACAACGACUCGAAUAUAAAAAACCUUGACAGAUUUUAUUUUGAUCAAUUUGAAAGAAUUUUCGGGGACGAAUUUCAAAAUGCAAGAACAAUAUUUGAAGUGACAGUAACUACGUUUUUAACAAAAACAAAACAUAAUAUUUUAAAAGUCAUUUCGGAUUGUUUUACAAUACACAAAGACACCUUAAAUGAUGAACUCGAAAAGGUUGAGCAAUUCUUUAUAACUGUAAAUGACACUGUUACAUUUACCCACCAGUCCGUUGUGAAUUGGUUAGAAAACAAAGCUUCUAAAACAUUCAAAAUACAGAGAAAGAACGGCCAUACAAUCAAUGCUCAAUAUUUACUCAAUCAAAUUGACAACAUGUAUAUUAUCGACACGGAUAUUGUCAACCUUGCAAUACACAUAAUGAACUCUGAAGCAAUUGAAUUAAUUGAUCGAUUUGAAAAUAUAAGCCAUGAUCAAAUAACGCUGUUGGAAAGGACCUACUCUGAAUCACCCUUGAUACGAUGCGUGAAACGCCCUGACUGUUCAAAUAUACCGCAUACUCUGUAUUACCAUUUCAACAAAACUGAUGAGUUGAGUAGCGAAAAUUUUACUGCGGCGUACAUUGCAGCUGCUACGGGGAAAUUGUCCGCUUUAAAAAGCCUUUGUGACCAUGGGGCUGAUGUAAAUUUUAGAGUGAAAUCUUACCACGGUACGAUGCUUGCAGACGUUGACGUUGCCGUUCAAAUUGCUACCUUGAUGAAACAAUGGGGUUACGGAUUACUCGAUAUUGCCUCUCAAAAUGGACAUUUUCAAAUUGUUAACUUUAUUUUGACUGAUAAUACUUUUUUCGGCAACUACACAUAUCACAUAUUGAAUGGCAUCAAUUUAAAGCCUGUGCAUCUUGCGUGUAAGUCUGGUUAUGUUGAUACUGUCAAGGAGUUUUAUAUUUACAACAAAGGUAGUGUUGACUGGCAAUGCCUGUAUUUUGCAGCAGACGGAGGACAUUUGUCUUUAGUGUCGUACUUAGUGAAUGACUUGAACAUUACUGACAGGUGUCGGGAGUGUAAUGAAGUUCUUACGUGGCUUUCGGAGGGGUGUUCCCGAAUGCAAGGAAGGAAAGUAGAUACAGUGUGUCUUUAUGACGAUUGGGGUGAUCUAUCAUGUGAAAGUGCACUUCAUGCAGCAAUUCGAGGUGAUAAUGUUAAUAUAAUGAAAGCGAUUAUUUCCAAUGAUGGUGGCUCAACGCUUGGUUGUUUGGAUCGAGGAGGGAGACCACCUUUGCUUGUUGCAAUUCAAAAUAAUCGUAAGGAUAUGGUGAGUUACAUCCUUGAGAAUCACAAGAUGUUUGCAAACAUAAGUUAUUCGUGUGGAAAUGCAACUGAGAUCAAAGAUAAACUCCAACUUAAUAUAUAUGAAGAAAAUCUACUUAACUCGCAGAUAUGUAAACCGGGUUUUCGACUCGAAGAUGUUGUAGCAGAGCAAGGAGACUUUUGGACUUUCACAGAUUUUAAUGAGCAUGGAAUAUAUUUAAAUUUCUUUACGCGGGAUGCAAACGGGUGCUUUACCGCUCAUUCUGCCGCCUGCAACGGGAAUAUACGGUUACUUUAUCAUUUGAUACACGAUCAAAACACGGACAUAAUGACAUUGCGUUGUAAUAACAUGUCUACACCAUUGCAUUCAGCGAUACUUUGCCAAAACAACAUAUCUUUCCAUUAUAUAAGAAAUCAUGUUGACAGUACUUACAUAGAUCUUCAAAGGUAUAGGUUUGUAUACAUGUGGCUAGCGGUAAAACAGACGCCAUUUUCAUCAGACCCAAACAAACAGCCCUUAUCAUCUAUAAUUUUGAAUAUGUACUCCAUCUUUCCUGAUACCAUCUAUGAAUCGGAUCGCUUUGGGAGAAACCCUUUACAUUAUCUUAUUCAGAACGGUCAUUCAAAUGUGUUAAAUACACUUUUUCAGACACAUGGGGAUACCGUUGAAGCUUUGCUGUCUAAAACAGAUAAUUUGGGUCAAACACCAAUUAUGUUUGCAGUCAGAAGAUUAAGUAAACGAAAUAGUUUCGCUGUUUUCCACGAGCAUUUUAAUUUGAAGAAAGAUUUGCAGUUUAAUGCAUUGCUCUUAGACCAGCGGUUCCUAACUCAAUCAGAAUAUACGAUUAUCAUUUCAUUACAAUUUGCACAAUUGAGAAAUUUAUUAACCAGUCCGGUCAAAGCAAGAAUUUUAGGAAUAUUGAUCAAGAAGAGAAUUUUUUACUUAUUUCAAAUGUGUUUAUCACAUGUAGUUGAUGAGCAUGAAAGGUACCAAACAUACGUCUUGAAAUCAAUUUUGGAGAAUGAUUCUUUUGGAUUAUUUCUUGCGUUUUAUUACAGGAAAUUAGCACUUGAUAUCGAAACAUAUUUCAUACAUAAAUUUUAUCAUAACGUACAAAACCAUAACGUACAAAAAAUCAAACAAUUUGUUCCAUUUCUAGUUUGUAACAAUUGUGACAGUCUAAUCAAAAGUUGUCUUAUACAUAAAAUUAUUCAUAAAUUAGUAGAAUUCGAAAAAACUAACGGCUUUCUUUAUAAGGAAAUUGUUUACCCUGAAAUAACAUCUGUACUAAAAAAUGUUUUUAAAAGGGUAAAAAGUUCUCUUUUGACACUCUGUAAAAAUGAAUACAGCCAAAAUGUUUUAGAUGUUGCAAUUCAACAAAAGUCCGUAAUGUUCACAACUUAUUUUCUAGACAAAGGGGUUUCGCCUAGUUUUUCUCAUGAAUCUGUUUUAUCCAAGGCCAUAAAAGCGUCGGCCUCUAAGGAAGAUCGUCAAGUCAUUUUGUUCACUUUAAUAAGUAAUGGCACAGCUAGAGAAAUAACAUUUUUGAAAUUUAAUGAUAUUUUAACAAUUCUAAACAGAUCUUCAACGGAAGACACGAAUGUUAUAUUUCGCGAAUUAUUACUCAAUAAUGUUGUUUUAAACGGCUCAUUUUUGUUUUUUCAGGACAAUGUAACGGAUUCUUUUAUUGCGUUUUAUAUACAAACAUUUUAUUCUUCGAUUUCCAGGAUUUUCAUUUGCGAUAACUAUUCAACAAAGUUGUCUUUCAUUCACUUGCUUGCACUUCACAACUUUAUGUAUUCAAUUCAAUCUGCUGCUAUAUAUUUUGGAAAAGAUAUUCUGGACUGUAGAAACAAAGACAACUUCACACCAGCAUACCUUGCACUAGUGUUUGGAAGAGAAAAUAAAACGUUUGACUACAUUCAAUCUAACAUUUACAAUAAAAGAAAAAUAAUAUAUCCUGACAAAUAUGCGGAGCAAUAUCUUGUUUAUAAGAUUUCAACCACAUUUAGCAAUUCAAAUAGUCUAACAUAUAAGGUUCAAUGUCGAGAUAUGUUUUUUAGAAAUCGUAGGAAGGUUUUUUACCAUUACAUUAAAGUUUACAAUUGUUUAAAAUCGUUCUCAUUGUUUACUUUAGAAUAUUUUAAGGAAAUCAAAAUGAAUAAAAAGUUGUUAAAGGCAAGAAUAAAUUCAAUAUCAUUCUAUUAUUUACAAGAAUCAGUGAACAAAAUAUACGUGUACAAUAGUUCAUUUAAGUUAGCAACAAGAAAACAAAUCAAAACUUUUAAAUUUGUUGUUUCAAAAGUAUGUGUCUACCUUGUGAAUAUGGGAAAAAUGGCUAGUGCCAUGAAUAUAUCGAGGUCGUUUAUGAAAUAUUUAACACCAAUAAAAUAUCAGUGGAUUUUUGAGGAGAACAUACACAUGAUUGAAUAUUUUGAUAUAAAAACGUGCUAUUACGACACCGAUUUUGCCUUUGAAACAGCAUAUUUAUUUACGGAGAUGUUUAUAUUGUCCUAUAAUGAAGCUAUAUUACGUAAUAGUGUUUCAGCAUUUUUGAAAAUUGAAUUUUCGGCCAACUUUUGGCUUUCUAAUUUUACAACACCGUUUCUGUUAAAACGAAAAAACAUGUCAUUGUACAACUAUAAACAUCUCAAUCGUUUGUAUUUGCAAUAUCAAUCUAAGCGGUUUUCCUACUUAGAUACUAUUUCAUCCCUGCCAAUAUAUAGUUUUGCAGUUGACAUGAACCUCUUUAAAGAAAACGGAUAUUUAGAACGAAUGCUAUUCUCUUACAAGUUCUUGCGUAACUCUAUGUCAGGAUUCGAAUUGAAAACCCUGUACUCAAACUUUCGGAAGUUGAGCGGUAAAAACUGAAGAAAAUACUUCUGCUUAAACAUUUUCUUUAGGUAACUACUUUAAGAUAAUAUUGUUAUGUUAAAAAUUAAAAGUGUUGUGUGUUUUCUUUCUGUAAUUUGUUGAUGCAAAUGUAAACCAUACUGAAUAGCAAUUUCAACAAAUUGGUAUUUUUUCUCAAAUGCUUAGUGCAAAGGAAGCCAUUUAAAAGUAACUCAUAACUUUGAAUAAACUUCUGUUGUUUCUCUUUUGUAUAUAUGUUAUUGUAAUUUGUAUUUAUUCAAAAUGAAUAUAAAUAUAGUAAACAAAAAGGAACUAUAUAAUGAUUAACAAUUCAGGUUUGUUGGCUUUUACUAAUGAUUACUUGGCCGCAAUGCAAGACCAAUCCAAAAGAGUGCAAAAACAACACCUGGUAUGAUUAAAAUAUAAUUAUAUUCAUUUAAAAGCAUAUGAUUCACAUUGAAUAAUAUAACAAUACACGUAUGAUCAUGAUCAUUAAUAAAUAUGAUGUGAUAUUCAAUAUUGACCGAGACAAGUUCAUAACUGUAUAUAAUUUACCUUUAAAGCAUGUAUAAUUGUCUGCAUGUAUGAACUUUGCUUUAAGUCAGAAUAAGUGUAUUUUGCUACUUGUAAUUUCAGUUUUCAUAGAUUUGCAUGUUACUGAAAACUAUUAUAUUUGU